AGUUCAUAGCUACAUUACUGACAAUACUAAAAUUAGAUUCAUUUGUGUGCUUUUUUUUACAGUGAUCGUGUCGUCGAGAGCCGGUCGACCAAAGUGACUGACGAGCGUGAAAAAAAAAUCACACAAACACAUCAAGUUCUACUGUUGUUGCUGCUGCCGUGAAAUAAAUCUAAAUUUAAACGCACAGAGCAGCAAAACAGUAAGACGAAGCAUCGAUUGUGGACCGUUGCGGUGAUUCUUUUUCAAUCAUUUCAUUUUUAGCUCGUCUCGUUCAGUUUCCCUUUUCGGUUUUGUGAAAAAAAAACUGUUGUUUUCCAUCAAAGAAUAAUUUGCAGUUUUCAGGACGAUAUUUAUCACAUAUGUUCCGGAAAAUGUGUUAUUUUCUACACUGAAUGUAAAAAAAGUACAUACAUACACACAUACACACACAUUGUCUGAUCAAGCGAAAUUUUUACAACCAAAUAUUUGAUUGUUAAAUACCAAAACAAAAGCCGAACGACAACGAAAAGCGAAGCAAAAACAACAUUAAAAUGGAUCCCGAGGCAUUUUUGGACAUGGCCAAUCAGGUCAUUAAAUUGAAAAUGUUCCCGUAUUUUGACAUCGCACAUAGUUUACUCUGUGCAUUGGCUGUUCGAGAAGAUUUGGGCCCUGGUGCGCAAGCAUUUUCGCGAAAACAUCCAUUAGCAUGUUGGUUGUCGACGAUGCUUGUCAUUUUUGCCGGUGGAAUGGUGGCCAAUGGUCUAUUGGGUGAACCAAUUUUGGCACCGCUUAAGAAUUCACCACAACUUUAUGUUGCCACAGUUGUGUGGUAUGUCGUUUUUUACACACCAUUCGACAUUGGUUAUAAGGUUGGAAAAUUUUUGCCCGUUAAAGUGAUUGCAUGCGCUAUGAAGGAAAUUUAUCGAUGCAAGAAGAUUCAUGAUGGUGUAACACAUGCCGCAAAAUUGUAUCCAAAUGCUUAUAUUAUCAUGAUUAUCAUUGGAACGUUAAAAGGAAAUGGUGCCGGAUUCACAAAAUUAAUCGAACGAUUGAUUCGCGGUGCUUGGACACCGACUGCUAUGGAAUUUAUGCAACCAACAUUCUAUACAAAAGCGUCGGUUGUUGCAUCACUUAUUUUCGUAUUGGACAAAAAAACUGAAUUGAUUUCAGCGCCACAUGCUUUGGUCUAUUUUGGCAUUGUGAUUUUCUUGGUCUAUUUCAAACUGUCAUCGAUUUUGUUGGGCAUUCAUGAUCCAUUUGUGCCCUUCGAGAACUUAUUCUGUGCUCUAUUCCUUGGUGGCAUCUGGGAUAGUUUGGCCAAAUUAUUGGGACGUGGUCAAAUCAAAGAAGAACCAAAAGAUGCAAAAAAAUUAAAUUAAUUUAUCACAUAAAUAUUUAUCCAGUUUUCUAGUUACCUUGUUCCCCUAGUCACAAGAAGUUCUUGCCACAGAAAUGUUUUUUUUUGCGUUCAUUAAGCCAAUGAUGACAACACGGCUUAUUUUCAUCGAAUGAGAUCUACGGCUUUUUGAUUUUUAAUGUACAGAAAAUAAUUUUAUGAGAGAAAAAAAAGUGAAAAUAUUCACGCGAAAAUGAGAAAAUGAAAUAUUCUGUUGAUGCCAAACAUACUGUGGGUGGUAUUUGCUUUGGCAUUGUAUUCACAAUAUUUCGACUGAACAAAAGAGACACAGCGACGAUACCAAAAUUCAUCAUUUUGAUAAAGUAUUACAUAAGUUUCAUAUGCUAUUGACGAUUUUCAAUUCAAUAUUCAAUAAAGUUUUGAAGUUAUUUGAUUUGGAAUGAUACAACAUAUAUAUAUAUUAGCCCUGUGAAAAGUAUGCACAUGAUUCUAGAGAUAUCACGAUAAAUUAAAAAGCUACUCUACAUGUAACACGAAAAAUAUGUUCAACUUAUGACUUAAAUUUAGAGAUUAAAUAAACUUUUUUUCUGUGUUUUUUUACGAUUGAUAACAACAAAA